AUGUCGUAUCCCUUGCAAAAGAGCGACGCCGACUGGCAAGCACAGUUAUCACCUGGUAUGGCCGAACCCGCAAUGACUCGCAGCCAUCAAGGUGGUAGUGCUGCUACUGACACGUCUACCUCUUACAGAGCAGUUCCGCAUCCUGCGAGAAAAGGGCACCGAGGCCCCAUUUACCGGCAAAUACGACAAGCACCAGCCCGAGCAAGGCGCCUACACCUGCGCCGGCUGCAAUGCUCCCCUCUACAAGGCCAACCACAAGUUCAAGUCGGGCUGCGGCUGGCCUGCCUUCUUCGACGCCGUCCCGGGCGCGGUGACAAGACACACAGACCGAACAUUCGGCAUGGAGCGCACGGAGAUUGUCUGCAGCAAUUGCGGUGGACAUCUGGGCCACGUGUUCAAGGGAGAGGGAUAUCCCACACCCACCGACGAGAGACACUGCGUGAACAGCAUCUCGAUCAACUUCAACCCGGAGGAUCCGGUCAAGGAGUCCAAGGCGUGA